UUUCUAGGUCCGUUCACAGAUGUUGUCACCACAAACCUCAAACUUCGUAAUCCGUCUGACAAGAAAGUAUGUUUCAAGGUGAAAACUACAGCUCCAAGGCGCUACUGUGUGAGGCCAAACAGUGGCAUUAUAGAUCCUGGAGCCACAGUAACAGUUUCUGUAAUGUUGCAGCCUUUUGACUAUGAUCCAAAUGAAAAGAGUAAGCACAAAUUCAUGGUGCAGACAAUAUUUGCUCCAUCAAAUAUGUCAGACAUGGAAGCUAUGUGGAAGGAAGCAAAACCUGAUGAUCUUAUGGAUUCUAAGUUAAAGUGUGUGUUUGACAUGCCACAUGAACAUGAAAAGCCGACACAUGAAACCACAAAACUGUUUGCUGCUUUGCCAGUGAAAGGUAGUUCUUCAAUGGAUGAUACUGAAACUAGGAAACUUGUGGAAGAAUGCAAGAAACUUCAGUCUGAGAUUAUUAAACUGUCAGAUGAAAAUCAGCUGCUGAAAGAUGAAAGAAGGAAGAGCAGAGGAAUUGUGAAAGAGCAGGGAAGCCCCAUCCCAUCCCUCGUUGUUGUUAUUGCAGCAAUUUUCAUUGGGUUCUUUUUAGGAAAGUUCAUCUUGUAA